AAUUAAACAUCAUGGCAUGGCCUUGCAUUACGCGCGCUUGCUGCAUCAACCGCUUCUGGACGGAGCUGGAUAAAGCGGACAUCGCGGUGCCUUUGGUUUUCACCAAAUACUCCGAUGUGGCCGACGUGCAGCAUCUGCCCCAUCACCCGCAGCCGAGGCAGAAGAAGGCCGGUGCCAUUGCCAUAGAAACCCAGCCCCAUCCCGGAGAGCAGGAGGCUGGGAAGGCACCGCCCGCGACGGGUGCCGCAGCGGGCAAAGAUGGCUCUACUGCGUCCGUCAUGCGCCAAGACUUCAAGGCGUGGAGAGUGCGCCCCGAGCCCAGCUGCAAGCCCCGGAACGAGUACCAGCCUUCCACGGGCCCCUUCAACAACGAAACUCAGUACAGGAAGGAUUACAAGCCCUGGCCUAUACCGAAGAAGCACGACCACCCAUGGAUACCCAAACCUAGCCCCACUUCCACCGCCGGGCCGGAGAGGAGCGCAGGGGGCGGAAAGCUGGAGCACGCCGCCGCCGAGGCUGAAAGCGGCGUGGAGAAGAGCGAGAUUGAGGAGAAGAUGCAGGAGAAGGAGACCAAGGAGGCGCCGAAGAGAAACGUGAAGAGGGAAAAGUCGGCAGAGAGGAAAACAGGUGAGAAGACGGAGGGACAGAUGCCUGCAGAUGUGAGCGCAGAGCAGAGGAAAGGCAGAGCGGCUGCAGACGCUGUCAACAGACAGAUAAAGGAGGUGAUGUCCACUUCCAGCAGCUACAGGACUGAGUUCAAAGCGUAUAAAGACGUGAAGCCAGUGAAGCCCAUAAAAGCUCCGUCUCAGUACAAACCCCCGGCGGAGGAGACCAGUCUGGAAACCAGCUACAGCGCCACGUUCAAGGGGGAGCAGGUGAAGGCUCAGCCGGCUGACAACAAGAUGGUGGAGCGCCGGAGGAUACGCAGCCUGUACAGUGAGCCCAGCAAGGAGCCGGCCAAGGUGGAUAAACCAGUGUCUCGCACCAAACCAAAAAAGACACCAACAACAACAACAGGGAAGAUGGUGAAAAAAGCUAAAGAGAAGCAGAUUUCUAGUUCCCAGUCUGCCAAGAAGAAGCCUUCUUCAGGUGUCUCAGAACCCAAACCAGAAGGAGUCGUCACAAAGAAGAGCAAAGAGAUCAGCAACAGACUGGCAGAAGCGAAACAGUAAAAAGCAGCUCAUCUCAGCACUUUGAUGUGCACGAUCAAAAGCUACGUGAUGAAUUACGCAAAUCUCUUCCCUUUGGUUUUGUUUCCUUACCUGUUGUUUCUGCCGUCCUGUCAUAUAUUGUUCACCUUUAAAUGGGCACUGAUUUUGAGCUUUGGAAUAAUGCAAAUAAUUUCACUGUAAACUAUGCGUGUGAGUAUGUGAAGGCGUGAAAGUGUGAUUCCUUGUAUUUUUGGUGCACAGAACCGCUUUAUAUUAUUGAGCACAUAAUUUGCACAUUGUUUAUAUGAGUUCUGUUUGGCAUCAAACUUUAAAAGGAGCCAUCGGUACACAUGUCUUAUGUGUAUGAAAGGGCAUUUUUACCUUUUUGUCUGAAUGGAUGAUAUUGAGAUCAAUAUUAAAAUGAUUGUAAAAAUGUCAAGGAGAGGAUUUUUCUCUGAGACUGGAUCACAUGAAAGGUUUUGUGAAAGUACAAAAUCUCUUUUACGGUUGCGUUUCCUAAUUACAGUGCCUCCGCUGUAUGGUCCUGGUUUUCAUUUCAUUGUUCUGGGUGAUAUCUGGUUUCAUCGGUUUGGUUGCUAAGAAACAAAAUUAACUGUAAUAUAAUUGCUACAGCUUGCAUGUAAGACCCCUGUUUUUUGGUUGAGGUAGCAGCACUUUUAGCAGACUAUAUGUCACAGUCACAUUCUAGCUUGUAAAUUGAGCCAUUUAAAGAUAAAUGUAUAGGGGGAAGACCUUUUCAAAUGUAAUGCAUGUGUAGAAAUAGAUUCUGAUCACACCAAAAGGUACAUACAGUAAGUAAAAUCAUAGUCUAGUGGCUGUUAAAGCUGUAAAAUAAACACACCAGCAAUAUGGUUUCACCCACAAACAUAUGGAGAUCCUUUAAUUUCAAAAGAACACUGCAGUUUUGAUCAUGACGCAGUAUUAUGUGGCACCGUACUCCACCCCUCUCCUGAUCUGUGACGCUAUAGUUGUGCUAAAUAAUAAAAGAUGCAUAUAGGCCUAAAAAAGGAUCAUAUUUACUCAACAAUUCUCACUCUGAAUGGGGCUGAUCUCUCCAGGUGUUGAAGGACAAAGGAAUGGGCCAGGACUUAAAGUUCAGCUCUUUACAAUGCUGCUGUCUUGAAAAAAAAAUAUCACGUGUUCAUCGUGAGCUUGACAUGAAGUGUUUUGAACUAAAAAUGUCAUCACAGCCCAGCCUUUCCCCUCCUCUCUGGUUGUAAAACACCUCGUCUACCGUUAAACCCUCAGCGGCUAAAGUGGCCGCAGCGUGAGGGGGAAGUCGAGCCACCGUGAGUCUGCUUCCAGUUUUAGCUUCUCUGUGUGAGCGAAUGAAUGAGUGGGAGAGGUCUUUUUAUUUCUGCGUGUCCGACCUCUUCAGCCUGCUGCCUGCUAACAUCAAGUCUAACCCAACCACUAGAAGUGCUGCAACGCACUCCAACACCCUGGUGCUAUUAUCUCUCAUCGUAUAUGCUGUCUGGUUUGGAUUGCGUGUGGCGUCGAAACCAGUGAAAUGAUGAUAUGACGAUGUCAUAGCGCUGCAGAUUUGUUGUGAUAUUGUGCUUGUAUUAUCAGCUUGCUCUGAAUGAACUCUGAUUAAAAUGAUGAUACAGAA